UGACGGGAUUCUUUCGACGGACCUCAACAUGUAGCAGACAGGCGGAUAACAGGGAAAUGCGAUGUGAAGACUGGGGGCUGAAGAAGAGUGGGAAUGUCGUAGCUACCUAUUUAUGGCGAUGAACAUUCCAGCCAACUCCUGUUCUGAGCUACAUAUAACUCAUUCAAAUGAAGACAAGAACCGCAAGCCAAAAUGCAUCUCACCAUUUUCACACCUCUUCUGGCCUCUAUCGUAUUUUCCUGGGCACUAGCUGAAGACUUCAGCGGGCCUGGCCAAAUUCGCACCCUCGAUGUCCGCGAAAACAAUCAAGAUCUUGGCUGUUUGACCUCAAAAGGAAAAUGGACCACGGUUGAGUCGCUCUGUGGCGAGUUCAACGCUCAGCGCGUGGGAAGUAACAAUGAAUUCCGUCUCUCAUCAACGGGGGGAGGUAGCUGCGGCAUUGAUGGGGUCACAUUCAAGUGUGGAAUCCAGAGUGGGAUCUUUGGCACAUGGGGUACUGAAGGGCCGGUUAGUGGAAGAGAAGUCGUGCGGUAUGGGGCCUAUGGACUGAUGGAAGGGUCCGGGAACAGCCCGCCCGAUGCGAAAGAUGAGGCAGUCGAAAUUCACUUUUCGACAGGAAACGAGGGAGGAAAAGCGGUGUGGCUAGGCUGGAAGGCACUCUGAAGAGGUUAUGUGGUGUUGUUGAGUGUAAUUAGAGAUAGACCACGUUCAGUCCGGACGAACGCAAUCGCUACCCCAUGUCAAAAAGGCUC